GGCGACUUUGCGCUUUGUAUUUUUGUCUCUGCGUUAUAUUUUCUGUUUACAUUUAAAAAAAGAUUGUUGCAGAGCAAUGACUGAUGUUAAGGAAACGUCCUGUAGGCUUUGCCUUAAAAAUAUAACCGAUGAAAGUUUUGAAGUGAUAAACGACAUUAUCAAAGACAUUCUAGAUGUUCUUUUGCUGAAAUUGAAAUUUGAUAGCGAGAGCAAAGAGGUUAUAUGUAACGUUUGCAGAAGAAAGUUAAAUGCGGCGUUAGAAUUUAAGUCGACGUGUUUGAAUACCGAUAACACAAUUAUUCCUUAUGUGGAUAGCGAAAAAAUGUUACAGCUCGACUUAAGAGAAGUGUACAAGCAGGAAAAGAAAAUUGAAUUAGUUUUCAGUCAGAAAAUAUGUCGAUUGUGUAUGCACCCAGUAGAAAGUGAAUUUAGGUGCAUACGUGAAGAGGAACUUGAAGCUAUUCAGAAAUUGACACCUGAAAUGAAUAUAAAUAUCAUCAAAGGUCCCGUUGUAUGUAAGCCAUGCUGGGAUUCUCUGUGUACUCACAACAGUUUCCUGAAAGAUUGCUUAGAGGUAGGGGAAAACGUUAAAAGUAUUUUUAAUAGUUCAGCCACAAGAAGUCAAAUAGAUACGUCUCCACUUGAUUUAUUCGUUAAGACUGAAAACCUGGACAAGGAAUUCGUUAUUAACGAGAUGGAAAUGUCAACCAAAGCUGAAAGUAUCGACAUAAAAUCGGAAGAUGAGGAAAGUAGUGAUACGCCACUUCAGACCUCCGAUAUUGUACCAUUGGAGGAGAGUGACUGCAAAAAUGAAGAAGAGGAUGGAUGUAAACAUGAGAAUGGAUCAGAAGUGAACACAAAGCAGGAGCGCAAAGUAUUGUAUAAAUGUAUCUUCGAAACUGGAAGCGCGAUCCGUUUUACGGCACACUGUGCGAGACAUGAGAAGAAUUUGAGAGCAUAUGGAUGUGAAUCCUGUGAGUACGAAACUGAAAAUAAGAAAUUACUUCUGAAGCAUAUUUUGAAGCAUAAAGAUUCUUUACAGAUUCAAAUGUACAGGUGUAACAAUUGCAAUUUAGAAACUAAAUAUAAGUGUUAUAUCAAACGACACCAAAUGAAACAUAAAGAUCCAUCACAGGUUCAAACGUACAGGUGUAACAACUGCGAUUUCGAAACUAAAUACAGGAGUCAUUUCGAAAGGCAUCAACUGAAACACAAAGAUCCUUCGCAGGUUCAAAUGUACCGGUGUAAUGACUUAGAUUUUGAAACUAAAUACAAGCAUAAUAUAAAACUGCAUCAAAGAAAACAUAAAGAUCCUUCACAGGUUCAAUUGUACAGGUGUCACGAUUGCGAUUAUGAAACUGGAUACAACAGUAAUUUCAAACUGCAUCAACUGAAACAUGAAGAUGCUUCGCAGGUUGAAGUGUAUGGGUGUAACAAGUGCGAUUACAAAACUAAAUACAAAAGUCUUUUAAAACAGCAUCAACUGAAACAUAAAGAUCCCUUACAAGUUCAAGUGUGCAGUUGCAACAACUGUGAUUACGAGACUAAAAACAGGAGUGAUAUCAAACGACACCAAGUGAAACAUAAACCAACCUGA